AUGCCCUCCUCGUCCACCAUCUCGUCUUCGGACAAGUCCAAGGUCAAGUCGGCCAUCCCUUCUUCCAGCAACAAGAUCAUCAUGGCUACCGUCGGUCGCGUCUAUGCCGCUCAUCCAGCUCCAUCACAAUGGAGUUACGCAGGUGUUGAGGGUGCCAUCGUCUUUGUUCGUGACCUCGUCAAAGCCACCUUUUACUUCAAGGUGGUCGAUCUCAAAGGCACCCGCGGCGUCAUCUGGGAGCACGAGUUUUACGAGGGCUUUCAGUACAACCAAGACCGCACCUUCUUCCACUCAUUCGAAGGCGAUGAGUGCUUGAUCGGCUUCUCCUUUGCAGACGAGAGCGAGGCGAGCGACCUCUUCAAGAAAGUUAACAAUCGCUCCAAGUAUGCCAAAUCCAAAUCUAGCUCUUCCAGUUCCAAGAAGAAGAAGGCCAGCUCGAGUGGAAAGAUCGACAAGUCGAUGAUCGGCGCGCCCUCAGGCUUCAAGCAUGUAGCUCACAUGGGCUUCUCGGCGGAGCACGGCUUCAGCUCGGAGAACGUCGACCCAACUUGGCAAGCGCUCUUGGAGCAGCUCGGCAGUCUCGGAAUCAGCGAAAAGGACAUUCGUCAGAACGAGAGCUUCAUCAAAGACUUUGUCGGCAAGCGAGGCGGUCCAGGCGCUGCUGCCAAGCCAGCCGCUCCUGCGGCUCCAAAAGCAAAGAAAGUCCCGCCUCCCGCCCCGACCAGCAAGCGCAAGGCGCCGCCCCCUCCUCCCGCACCCCGGUCCCGCCACGCUGCUACAGCGUCCACCGCCUCGGCAUCAUCAGUUGCCCCGCCACCACCACCACCGCCUCCUCGCUCAGGUGCGGGAGCUGCAGCUGUUCCACCUCCGCCCCCUCCGCCACCCUCGCGCGCUCCAGCUGGAUCCAGCGCACCACCGCCCCCACCGCCUCCGCCCAUGCGGCCCGCAGCAGGCGGCGCCGCCCCUCCGCCUCCGCCACCUCCACCGCCUAUGGGUGGUAGUGGUGGCCCACCUCCCCCUCCCCCGCCCCCUCCCGCAGGCAGUUCGGCGCCUCUGCCGCCACCUCAGGAUGGCCGCAAUGCGCUGCUUGCAUCCAUUCAAGGUAAGAGCGUGCACAAUCUCAAACGGACGGAUGCCUCUGCCCCUCCUGCGCCAGGCAGGGCUGCGGUCGCUGGCGGUGUUGCUGGUGCUGCUGUUGGUGCCGGAGCUGCCGCUGUUGCAUCGGGUGCCGACUCGCCUGACGCCGGUGGAGGUGAUGGCGAUCUCGCCAGUGCUCUUGCUGCGGCUCUCAGUCAGCGCAAGGAGAACAUGGGUGACUCUGACGAAGAGGGAUCUGACGACGAUUGGUGA